CCAAUAGUUUUGGGGGGGUGAAAAGGGUUUCUGCCCUGCAAAACUGAGUGGUGCCCUGCAGACCUAGUAGCAACGGUUUGUCUAUAGGUUACUAGUGAAAACUUUACCAGUGUACACUGGUCUUUACCAAGGACAAACUUCUAAGCAAUAGAAACAAACUUGAAACUUCAUUGCCUAUGAAAUUUCUAUUUCUCUACGUGAGCGUGAAUUGUUUUUUUAUAUUCACUUCAUUUAAUGUUGGUUUGCAAAAUUAAGCUAAUAAACAGCUAAUUGGGGGUACAUGAUGUAGACAGUGCAACAAAAUUUAGCCCAGUGGGGCUAAAAGUCGAGUUUAGUGAGGUAGGAGGACCCACCAUGGUUGGGUCCGACGUGAAAAAUUUUUUUGAAAUUAUACCUUGUAAAAGGGCUAAAAAGCAUCUUUCAGACAAAAGUUUAGCAAAAUACUAUUGUGCUAAAAGAACUGAUGUUUAUUGAAAAUAUGAUUGUUUAUUGGGAAAAAUAGGAAGGGGGAUGUCAUGCUAAAACUCUAGUGUUAGACGUUGGGGAAGGAAAGAAACGGCAACCUUUCAUCUCAGAUUGCACGUAGUUGUGAAUGACGGAGGAAGAUGUUGUUUUGAUUGGGAGAAUUUUUUUUCCUAAACAGAAAUGUGCAGUUUCCAUACCUUCCAACCUGUAGAGAAAGAAAAGCGGGGGACAUCGCGAGCGGAGCGAGCGAAAAAUUAGAGCUGGGGGUCUGGGGAGCGCUCUGAGCCCCCCAGCGGGUCCAGGGCAUCGCCCUGGUAGGGGUCCAGGGGACGAAGCCCCCGGAAGCUCCUGACAUUUUGUCAUUUCUGAGGCCUCAAAAUGACUCAGGAUUCUUUAUUUUCUCUGUCUGUAAUAUGUUAAUAGAAAAACAGUUCUUCGUAAUCAAUAGGUCAGUAAUAUCGAAGAACUUUCUUAGAAAGUGAGGGGGGACAAAUGAAGAGGCCGAAAAAGUUCUGGGCUUAGAAACGCCACUGUGCACAAUUAUGAUUAUAUUUUUAUAGGAAAUGUUUUCUUGCAAUCAGUGCGAACCCAUGCGAACCCAUGCGAACCCCGAUUUAACUCCUACAAAAAUUUUUGGCAAUUUUAUGUCACUUAGAUUAGUUUGAAAUUAUAAGAAAGGUUAUCUUUUAUGAUGAAUAAACAACAACAAAUGUUGGGAUUUUCCAUUGAUGCUAGCGCAUUUAAUAUAGCACUGCAGUACAUGCUUAUCGUGUAGAGAUUUGUUUUUUCUUCUUGUUAAUUCAUAGAGUUGCUUGCGUAAUUAAUGUUUGUGUAGGUAUCCGUAAUAGACUUGGUUAACGGCGUUUUGAGCUGACUCAGGCUAAUCAUGGGCUGACUCAAGCUAUUCAUCGGUCUAAACAAACAGCUUAACGACAUUUAUUAAUCCGUAUAUGCAUUUUAAAGUUAUUCAUAAAAAAUCUUUGACGUAAAAUUUGUAUCCUGUUUUUCUAAAUGCUGAUUGGUAGACAUAUUUAGUUCGUGUAGAUUAAAAGUAUAUAAAUCGUCCGAUUGUAAGGUAAGGGGGAUAGAGACGGCGAUAGAGAGAUAGUUAAUCUGUACUGAGGUGUACAAUGAAGAAGGAUUGGAUACAACUGUUGUGUUUCCUUUAGUGUUCUCUUGGCACUUUAACAUUAAAUCUCUGAACCAGCAGAUAGUUCUGGUGUUGGUACACUAGAUAAUUUCUACAUCGUGGUCCACCGAUCCAGGGAUAGUUAAAGGAAGAGAAAAUGGAAAUCGGAAAACUGAAGAAAAUAAGAAGAGGUCAUCGAGCAUAUGUGACGAGACAGAUUGGAAAAAUAGACGAGCGCAAGGGCGACGAAAAGGAGCUGAAGCAGAUGGAAAUUCAGCUUAAAGAGAAACGAGACACGUUGAAGGUCUUAGAUGAAAAGAUUUUGGAACUGAUAGCAGACGAAGAAACCGAAUCCGAAACCGAAGGCGUUGACCCUAUCAGCAAAGAGAUCGAGGAUUCAGCAGGCUUCCAAGAAAAGGUAAAUUCUGCUAUUCUUUACGUUCAAGAAUGUUUAUUGCCUGAAGAAUCAACACGACGAAAGAACUCGAAUAUUUCAGUUGAUAGCCUCAGUUUAAAUGAAUCUUCAAGGAAAGUAAGGGCGAAGUUGCCAAAAUUAGAACUUAAGAAGUUUUCCGGAAAGCCCCAAGAAUGGUCAGAGUUUUGGGACAGUUUUGUUAGUGCCGUUCAUGGGAAUGAUGAACUUUCAACGAUUGAUAAGUUUGCCUAUUUAAAGUUCUAUUUAGAAGAUUCACCUAGCAGAGUAAUUUCAGGGUUAGAGCUAACUGAAAGAAAUUAUGCGACAGCAAUUGAUCUGCUAAGGGAAAGAUUUGCGAAACCGUCCUUGAUAAAACAAGCUCAUAUAAAGGACAUGAUGAGCUUGCAACCAGUAUUUAAUGAAAGGAACGUUGCAAAAAUGAGGGACUUGUACGAUAGUUUAGAGACCCAUUUUCGGGGACUAGAAGCGUUGGGUGUUGACCAAUACAAUUAUUCUUGCAUCGUUGUUCCGACCCUUAUGGAAAAAAUACCAGAUGUUGUUCGUUUGAAUAUGAUUAGGGGUACUAGGAAGCAAGAUGACUGGGUCAUGGAAGACUUUCUAGGAGCAUUUAAAAAUGAACUAGAAAUAAGGGAACGAAACCAGCCCAUAUUUAAAGAAACGCGAGGGCGAGACAUUGAUGUCAAAUCGAGGUUUGCAGGGAAAAACCCGAUGAGCGGAAGUGCUUUGCAUGCUGCAGAACAUGCUGAAUUUCAAGAGAAAAGGCUGUUUUGUACAUUUUGUCGUGGGAGUCACGAAGAAAAUGACUGUAAAAAUGUAACUGAUGUAAGAGAACGUAAGAAGCUCGUAUUUAAGUAUGGUAAAUGUUUUUUAUGCUUAAGAAGAAACCAUAAAUGUAUCGAUUGCCGCUCGAAUCUCGUUUGUUUUAAAUGUAAACAAAAGCACCAUUCGUCUUUAUGUGAUAACGGUAAAGUAGAUAGAGUAAAAUCUAAGUUUUCUGUGCCAUCAGUACCCACCCCACUUGCUAGCACAACUUCUUGCGUAGGAAAUGUAGGUAACGGGGGGAGCGUAGCAUUGCAGACAGCACAAGCGGUUUUAAAAGGCAAACAAGUUGUUAGGGCACGCGUGCUUUUCGAUACAGGUAGCCAUAGGACCUUCGUUACGAAGGACAUUGUUGAUCGCUUAGGACUGAGCCCCAUUAAGCAAGAGCGCUUAGGAAUUACUACAUUUGGUUCCACCAGAGUUAAUGAGAGUCUGAGAGAUGUAGUAGAACUCAAGUUGUAUCCAGUGAAAGGUAGUAAACCAACAAGUGUAGAAGCCUUUGUAGUUGAGCAUAUCUCAGAAAUUAGAAAUGAGCAUCCAGAGAUUGUUAAGCAUAAAUUUCAACACCUUACUAAAUUAUGGUUCUCAGAUGUUUCAGCUAAGCAAGAAUCUUUGACCAUUGAUGUUUUAAUUGGUAAUGAUUUCAUGUAUGAGCUGCAAGGGGAUACAGUUAUACGAGGGGAGCCAGGAGAGCCUGUGGCUGUGCAAACGAAGCUUGGAUGGGUGUUGUCAGGACCAUUAAUUGGUAUGAAAGUUGCUUCUUGUGAGAAUUCUAGUGUUAAUCUCAUUCUUGAUUCUUCACCUGCAAAUAAGGUUAAAUCGUCUUUGGAUAAUGAGGUACAGAAAUUAUGGGAUUUGGAGACAAUUGGCAUAAGAGAUACAGAUGAAGUUCAUGAUGAUUUGCUUGACAAUGUUUCCUUUACAGGCGAAAGGUAUUCUGUUAAAUUGCCUUGGAAGGUGGGGCAUAAACCCCUUCCAUCUAAUUUUACGAACAGUCUUUGCAGGUUGAAAGGGCAGCUAAGAAAAUUGAAGAAAGAACCAGAGGUGCUGCAAACAUAUGAUAACAUUAUUAAAGAGCAAUUGAAAGAUGGCGUUAUUGAGAAAGUUGCAGAGUUAGAAGCCAGUGAGAGACAACAUUAUUUACCGCAUCAAGCCGUUGUUCGAGAGAAUGCAGAGACCACAAAAGUAAGGAUAGUGUAUGAUGCUUCAUCAAAGGAAGGAAAAACAGGUACCUCACUUAAUAAUUGUUUACAUGUAGGCCCACCACUCACACCCUUGUUAUUUGAUAUAUUGUUAAGGUUUAGGGAGUUCAAAGUACCUAUGGUAGCAGAUAUUGAAAAAGCCUUUUUGAAUGUGGAAAUAGAUCAAUCAGAUAGAGAUGUUUUGAGAUUUUUAUGGGUCAAGGACAUUCAUAAUGAGGAUUCUCCUGUUGAAGUUUAUCGCUUUAAAAGAGUUGUCUUUGGGGUAAAUUCAUCUCCAUUUCUAUUGAAUGCUGUGUUAAGAUUCCAUAUUAACAAAUAUAAGGAAGAGGACCCAGAUUUUGCUAUGAAACUUGCUGAUAAUUUCUAUGUAGACGAUUUAGUGUUCGGAGCUUCAAAUUUGAUUGAUGCAAGAAAUCUAUACUUGAAAGCUGUGGAAAGAAUGAAAGAAGGGGGUUUCAACCUCAGAAAAUGGAAGAGUAGUAGUUUAGAUUUGGUAGAAGAAUUCUCUAAGCAUGAUUUUCAAGUUUCAGAGACUAAAGAAAAUGAAGAAACUUAUGCUAAAGAAAUGCUAGGUAGUAAAUUAUUUGAAGAUAGAACAAAGGUUCUAGGUAUAUCAUGGGACACUUUGAAUGACACUUUUGAGUUUGACCUAAGUAAAGUAACUGAAGUGAUGGAAGGUGAGAAGAUCACAAAGAGAAAGAUAUUGAGUUGUUUAGCCAAACUUUUUGAUCCACUAGAACUUGUUAGUGCAGUCACAGUAAGUAUAAAGGUUCUAUUUCAAGAUUUAUGUGUGGAAAAAUAUGAUUGGGAUGAGAAGCUACCAGAAGACAAGAAAUGUAGGUGGGAGAAAAUUGUUAAUGAUUUGAAAACUGUUGGAAAAAUAACUUUACCACGUUGCUUGUAUGACUUGGAUGCUAUGAAUGUCAAAAAUUGUUGGCUACAUGGAUUUGCAGAUGCAAGUCAGCAUGCAUAUAGUGCCAUGGUUUAUUUGGUCUAUGAAUCAGACAAGGGUAUACACUCUCAACUCAUCUGUGCAAAAACUCGUGUUGCACCAUUGAAAAAACUAAGCAUUCCACGUUUAGAAUUAAUGUCAGCCAGAAUUUUGGCCACUCUAAUGAAAGUUGUUUUUUCAGCCUUGAAGUCACAAUUAAACAUAGUAGGAUGUAGGUAUUGGCUUGACAGCAUGACUGCUCUUUAUUGGAUAAACAAUGCAGGUUACUGGAAGCAGUUUGUACAACACAGAGUCGAUGAAAUAUUGAAAGUGUCAGAGAAAGAGAACUGGGGACAUUGCCCUGGUGCUUGCAAUCCAGCGGACUUGGGUUCAAGAGGGGUUCAAGGGAGUGCAUUGGUUGAAAAUAGACUUUGGUGGCAUGGACCACAUUGGUUAUUGAAGGGGGCAGAACAUUGGCCCAAUGAACUGCUGUUAAGUGAAACCCAGGAUGUAGUAGAGGAACAAAAGAAAUCAGCAAUGGUUCUAACAGCUGUGGAACAGAAGAAAACAGGUAUGUCAGCAAUUAUUGACAUCAGCAGGUUUAGCUCUCUAGGUCGCCUUUUAAGAGUAACUGCUUAUGUAUUGCGUUUUGUUGCCAACUUAAAAGCAAAAGUUCAUAAUCAGCUUCCUGCGAAUUUAGAAAAACUCAGUGCUUCAGAAAUUCAGAGUGCAGAACAAAAUUGGAUAAUUGAUGCACAAGCACUUAUUCCCAAGGAUCACAGAUACAAACAGUUAUGUACCAAUCUAGGAUUGAUCAAGCAAAAUAAUGUUUUGAGGUGUAAGGGAAGGCUAGGAAACUCAGAUUUGGAGUUUGAAGGGAAAUUUCCUAUUCUUUUACCAAAAGAAAGUAAGAUCACGGAGUUAAUUGUUCGUUCUUGUCAUGAAAUUGUUAUGCAUAAUGGUCUGAAGUCGACAUUAGCAGAAAUUCGUUGCAAAUAUUGGAUUCCACAAGGAAGGCAGACAGUUAAGAAAAUUUUAAGGAAUUGCAUUACCUGUAGAAAAGCUCAAAGUAAAUCUUAUUCCGUUCCACCAGUAGCAGAUUUGCCAGACUUUAGGGUCCAGAGGACGCCACCUUUUCAGAAUGUUGGGAUAGAUUUUGCUGGUCCGUUAUACCAUAAGACAAAAUCUUCGACUAUGGAAAAGUGCUAUGUUGUAUUGUAUGUUUGCUGUACUUCAAGGGCAUUGCACUUAGAUUUGAUAGACGAUUUGUCAGGGCCAACAUUCAUUCGUAGUUUGCGAAGAUUUACUGCGCGUAGAGGAACACCACAUUUGAUAAACUCAGAUAAUGCUAAGACAUUCAAGUUUACACAUAAAUUCUUGCUUAAACUCGCACAAGAUCAUGCAGUUUUUUCUUUUUUACAAGCCAGAAGGAUAGAUUGGAGAUUUAACCUUGAAAGGUCACCUUGGUGGGGAGGCCAUUUUGAAAGAUUAGUGGGUAGCGUUAAGAGAAGUUUAAGAAAGACUCUAGGGAAUUCCAGGUUAUCUUUUGAUGAGUUAAAUACAUUGUUGAUAGAAAUUGAAUGGUCACUUAAUUCCAGACCAUUAACGUAUGUAUAUGAUGAGAUAGGCUUUGAAGCAUUGACACCAUUCCAUUUAAUGUACGGUAGAAGGUUACCACAACUGGCUGAAGGGGUUGAGUGUAAAACAGAUUUAUUUGACGAUGACAUUCCUUCCUACAGCAAACGUUUCUUAUUUCUCGUUAAACGAUUAGAUCAUUUUUGGUCUCGAUGGAGACGGGAAUAUCUUGCAGAUUUACGAGAAGUACACAGAUCGAGUCAGGGAAAUAACGCUGAGACGAAAAUUGGAGAUAUCGUACUGAUCAAAGAGGACAAUGUAAAACGAGGUAAUUGGAAGAUGGGAUUGGUUAAAGAACUGAUUUCCGGAAAAGACGGAGUGGUAAGAGGUGCUAAGUUACGUAUUGGAGGCAAGGGUAAGCCAGAGUUUUUGAAUAGACCAUUGCAGAAGUUGUAUCCAUUUGAAGUUAGAUGUGCAGACGUAGGUAGUCGUAGACAAGAAACAGAUCGCGAAAAGAGAGAGGAGGACGGGGGUGAAUACUUACCACCUUCUAGGGCUAGGCGAGCAGCAGCCAAGGACGCAGAAUGGAAAACAAGGUCAUGCUUGACUCAGAGUGAGUCAAGGAGGGGAGUGUGUUGGGAUUUUCCAUUGAUGCUAGCGCAUUUAAUAUAGCACUGCAGUACAUGCUUAUCGUGUAGAGAUUUGUUUUUUCUUCUUGUUAAUUCAUAGAGUUGCUUGCGUAAUUAAUGUUUGUGUAGGUAUCCGUAAUAGACUUGGUUAACGGCGUUUUGAGCUGACUCAGGCUAAUCAUGGGCUGACUCAAGCUAUUCAUCGGUCUAAACAAACAGCUUAACGACAUUUAUUAAUCCGUAUAUGCAUUUUAAAGUUAUUCAUAAAAAAUCUUUGACGUAAAAUUUGUAUCCUGUUUUUCUAAAUGCUGAUUGGUAGACAUAUUUAGUUCGUGUAGAUUAAAAGUAUAUAAAUCGUCCGAUUGUAAGGUAAGGGGGAUAGAGACGGCGAUAGAGAGAUAGUUAAUCUGUACUGAGGUGUACAAUGAAGAAGGAUUGGAUACAACUGUUGUGUUUCCUUUAGUGUUCUCUUGGCACUUUAACAUUAAAUCUCUGAACCAGCAGAUAGUUCUGGUGUUGGUACACUAGAUAAUUUCUACAACAAAUGUUAAAAAGUUUGGCGUCUGGCUUCUGGCAGUCUGGCGUCUGGCUUUAUCCGAUGUCGUAACUAUUGUAAUGUUGUGAAUUCAUCGAAUCGUUUCGUCCGUUAUGAAAAAGUUGCACUGUUGACAGUGAUCUUGAUUCUUCUUUAUGUUAUACCAGCUUUUUAUUUUUAUUAUAAGUUUUUUUCAAAAAUCGGGAGGAUUUUUUAAUUGUCGGGAGGUCGGAAGAUGACCUCUGAAAUCGGUAGUCUCCCGGUCAUAUCAUAACAAAUAUAAUAUUUCCAUUUCAAAAUUCGUGAACGGCCCUUUACGAACUUCAAAGGUGGCAUUUCUGCGUGGCAACAAAGCUCUUCUUGGCGCCCUGCGAAAUCUUCGAUUGCCCUGCGAAAUCGACUAUUUUUUGGAUUGGGGGGGUGUCACACCCCCCCACACCCCCACGGUAGUUUCGCCCCUGCACCCCCAAUGCGACGGACUAGAGGAACGACAAAAUCGCACAUUACAGACCAUCAUUACUAACUUUGUUUCAGAUCAUAGCUUAGACUGGGAUAAGUGGCUAGACCAAGCAGUUUUUGCGUAUAAUACCAGCGUACAUGAGUCAACAGGCAAAUCCCCAUAUGAGAUGGUAUUUGGGAGGAUGCCCAUUGAAGUAGAACUUGGUGUACCCCUGCAGAAUCCCUCUAGUCAGUCAGACUAUAGCCAGUCUUUACGCAAAGCUAUCCAAUUGGCUAAUCAGGUAGCACAUAAAAACCUAGUAGCAGCUAGUCAGUAUGAGCAGGGCCACUCUAGCUGGACACAAUUUGUAGCGGGGCAAGCAGUGUGGCUGGCUCGUCCCAAGAAAUGGAAAUUUGGGAAGAAAUGCAUUGGCCCAUACAAAAUUUGUAGCCAAAAUGGGGUGAACUAUGUACUGCAGUCAAACACUGGGAAGCGUAUCAUAGCUCACCAUGAUCAGCUCCGGGCCUGCCCUAUUCCAUUGGACUUAGGUUUGCCUAUACCACAGAAUAGGAAUUAGGCAGAAGGGGAACUCCUGCCUAUCAGGUCAAGCCUGAAAAAACUAGCGCGUGCGUUAACUUCUACGAGGCUUAGCAUGUAUAUGUCGGGGAAAUUUUAAAAAAGAAUGAAAGUAGACAACUGAGACGAAAUGCCCCAUGAUAGUGAACAAAUUCAAUUAUGUAUCAAAAUUGGUUUAUAUCUGAUUAAGGAAUGAUAAUUUGUCAUGGCUAAGUUCUUCUAAUGAAAUUGAGGUUAAAGGGGAAUUAAGGAAUUCUAUUGUUGACUCAGGCUUCAAAAACAACAAAGGAACCGACGAGAGUUACCCUUCUGCCUAUUUCCUAUUCUGUGCCUAAACCCCGGGUAUUGUGUUUGUAGAGCCCGAAGUGGCAAUAGGGCAACAGGUACAAGGUGUUGCAGGGGGUAAUGCCAGAUCCCCACAUCUUCGCCAGACCAUAAACCCUCCCCUUCGCUUUGGGGAUUUUGUAACAUAUUAGCACAAACUUGUCCCUGUACCCAAAAGCAGGGGCAAGCAGUGUGGCAAUUGUAGAGGGGGGAAGGUGCGAUGUUGGCCCUAGCCGGGUUUUGGUGCCAUGUCAGUAUGUGAUGAUUUAUAACUUUGAAUGCUGUCCUGUUAUAACUAUGUUGUCUAGCUGUGUCUGUACAGUUUGUGUUUGCUAUGUUAUGUCUUGUUGAUGUACUUGUUGAUAUCUACAUAUUGAUUGAUGUCAACCAGAAUUACAUGUUAUAUUCAACGUUAUGUUUAUGUAAAUUGUAUUCAGUCGGUUAUCGAGUUUGAUGCACAUCUGAGUUACACAAUAACUUGCAGUAAUUCUUGGCCUAAGUCUUCGGAACCCGAACACGCCACCUGGUCCUUCCCAAAUGUUCCAACUAUUUCAGCUCCUUUGACGUUGCAGGGGGCAAGCUAUGUGAGCUUAGGGGAGAUGGUUUAACAGUCAAUACGAAACGAAAUUCUGAUCUGAGAAAGACGAUCUUGAUUCCUGGCCGAAGGAUAGAAUUUAUGGCUCCUAAUAACAUCUAUUGACAAAGUUCGGUCGAUUCUGGUUGAAAGUUAAUCACAUUUGCAAGAAAAAAUGAAGAUCCAGAUAUUCUGGAUGAAGAGGUUGAAGAAACAGCGACGCCACAGUUGCGAACAACAACAGAAGGCCCACCAAAGAAACGUUCAAGGAAUUUUUGUCCUUCUUUUUGACCAAAGAAUAAAUUAUCAAUGCUGCUGCAGCCUUCCUUCUUCUUUCUUCUUUCUUGGUAUUCGUUUUCCGAAUCCUCCACUUUUUCAAUUUCACUCAACUCCUACUCAAAACAAACUUGCGCGCUAUAACGUUCGUCACGUGAGCAAUAUUUUAUGUUAAUUGUCGGCUCCUUUGAAAAACUUGAAGAUGAUGGAAAUCUUUUGAACAGCGAUCAAAAGUUUUUUUCUCAAGAUGGAUUAAAAUUCCUCAAUAUGGAUUAAAUUUCCACUCAACAAGCAAAUACGAGCAACUUGAAGCGGUGACUUACACUAUCACAUUCUCUCGUUUUCCGCGAUCAUAGAAAAAAUGUGAAGCAAAUUGUACCUGAAUGUGAUAGUGUAAUAGGGCCUUAAUAGACUUGAGACCAUAUUGAAGACUGUUUUUUUGAAACAUGUAUAGGUCACCUUUACUGGCCUGUCUUGUGGAAUACUGAUGAACAGACGAAUAAAGUAGGAAAAAGUCAUGAAAGCAAGUAUGUGAAGUUUUAUUAACAGAAUCAAAAACAAAGGUUAAUAAUCGGAGUUCAAAAAGUUCAGAAAGUUUCAAAAGUUUAAGAUCAUUGAAGAUUGGAAGAGAAGGAGACGUGCGAGACUGAAAUAAGAUGGCUCUGACAGCUUUCUUCUGUAAUUUGAAAAUUGGAUCGAUGUAUGAUGCAUAUGUUUGACCCCAAACAAUCAGACCAUAUUGCAGGAAGAACAAAAAACAAAGCAUUGUACAAGCAAACUAGGACAUCUAAUGGAAAUAAGUUUCUAAUUUUGAAAAACAUUCCACAUGUUCUAGCUAAUUUUUUAGAGAGUUCACUGAGAUGAUAUUUCCAGCAAAGAUGCUCAUCCAGGAGGAUACCUAAGAACUUAACAAACUUUACUCUUUUAAUCUGUUUUUUCCCUAUUUUGAUAUCGGGACCAGAAGGAACUUUAGAGAGGAAGAAUGAAAGAUGAUGUAGUUGGUUUUAUCAAUGUUUAAUUAUAGUUUAUUUGCAUCAAGCCAUUUCUUUAUCGCAGCUCUUUGUUGACAAUCUUCAUCAAAUCAGUUAAAUCUUUGGAUUCAUAGUAGAUGUUUGUGGCAUCAGCAAAGAGAUAAAAAGUAAGUCUCUUAGAAGCAUUGGGUAGAUCAUUGAUAUAGAUAAGGAAAAGUAAUGGACCCAGUACAGAACCAUGUGGUACACCACAAGUAAUUGAAAGUAAGUCAGAGUUACUUCCAUUGACAGAAACAUAUUGCUUUCAAUCAGAUAGAUAUGAUCUAAAUCACUGAAGGGCACAUCCACAUAUACCAUAAUGUUCCUAUUUUGAAGGCAAAAUUUUAUGAUUAACUGUAUCAAAAGUCUUUUGCAAAUCAAUGAAAAUACCACAACCAAGUCUUUUGUUAUCAAGUGUAUUUCUUAUAGCUUCUGUUAAACUCACAAGGGCAUGAUCAAUUGAGUGGUUUUCUUGAAAUCCAAAUUGUAAAGAAUAAAGAAUAUUAUGGAUUUCAAGGAAUCUAUUAAGUCGUCUAUACAUUAGCUUCUCACGUAUCUUGCUGAAAAUAGAUAGACGAGAAAUUGGGAGCUCAGGAUUUCCUUUUUUGAAAAGAGAAAUAGCCUUGGCAAUUUUGAGUUUAUCAGGGAAAAUUCCAGACUGGAAGGACUGAUUAACAAGAAGAGCAAGGAGUGGUGAAACAGAGUGUCCAAUAACUUUAAGCAAUUUUAUUGGUAUACUAUUAGGGCCUACAGAUUUGGAAGGACUUAAAAUAUUGAUUAGAUCAUUAACUUCUAACAAAGUAACUGGAGAAAGGAAAAAUGAAUUACAGGUUCUGUUAGAUAAAUAUUCAAGAGAAGAUUUUGGAGUUAGCGGUAUUGUCUUUCUUAUACCAUGAGCAACAUUGACAUAAAAGUUAUUAAAAAUGUUAGACAUUUUAGAUGGUUAAGAUGACGUUAAGUUUCCAUCUUUAUCUUUGAUUUUGUUGAUCGAGGAAAGAAGUGGAGGACUUAUGAAAAAUUAUUGUCUUGAUACCUGACCACAUUUUUUUCAUAUUUUGACUAUUGAUAGAAAAAUAAUUAUGAAAAUACCUUGCUUUACUCUCUUUUAAUUCAUUGGAUACACGGUUCCUAAACUUCUUAUACAACUUGAGGUCAUCAGGGCGUAUGCUCCUUCUUUAUUUUCUGCAGAAUUCGGUCCCGGAUACUCAUC